UGUUAGUUGUUUUCAUUGCCUCUGUCAUCGAAAACAACAGCACGUGUACAUUCUUCAUAUUCCCAUCAUAUUAAGCGCUUGGAACUAAAGAAAUAAAAUCAUUUAAAAAUGUCUCUGCUAAGAAUCAGAAAACCUAAGACCCGUAAAGGUAAAAAGGUGCUAUUGGCUAGAGAGCCUCAAUUGAUAGAAGGCCCCCGCAAUAUGCUGUUUUUGGAUGGUCGCAAGUGUGGAGGAGACGUCAAGUUGUGUAUGAAAGAUUUGCAGCAGUUAAAAAAACCCCUCAUAAAAUCAUUGAACAGGAACAAUGACAUUACACCAUUUGAUGAUCCCUCGUCUUUGGAAUUUUUAACUCAAAAGAAUGACUGUGCCAUGUUUGCUUUUGGCUCCACAUCAAAAAAGAGACCAAAUAAUCUGGUUUUGGGACGUAUUUUCGAGAAUGAAAUUCUAGACAUGGUUGAGCUGGGUAUCAAACGCUAUCAGGCAAUGACUGAAUUUAAAACAGAAAAAAUCGGAACAUGUGUUAAACCCUGCUUAGUUUUCAAUGGGCCAAAAUGGUCGCAGGCCGAGGAAUUGCGCCGUCUAAAAAACCUUCUUAUUGACACAUUCCAAAAGGAUAAAGUAGAAGCCAUACGCCUUCAAGGUAUUGAGCAUGUUAUGAGCUUCACUUGCACUGAUGAGAUGAACAUUUUAAUGAGAUCUUACAAGAUAUUACUUAAGAAAUCUGGACAGAAAACCCCUAGAAUAGAAUUGGUCGAAAUAGGACCAUCAGCCGAUUUUUCAAUUAGACGUACAAAAAUUGCUUCAGAAGAUUUGUACAAACAAUCACGCAAGCAGCCCAAGGAGCUCAAAGUUAGUAAAAAGAAGAACAUUACUCGUGACGAGUUGGGCAAUACCCAUGGUCGCGUACAUUUGGGUAAACAGAAUAUUGGCAAAAUACAGACACGCCGUGUUAAGGGUCUCAAAAAAUCGGCAGAAGAAAAGAAAUCGGACAGACAAAAGAAAAAGGAACUAUUGAAGGCAGCCGCUCAAGAGUUAUUGACAAACAAUGAAUAAACAUUAAUUGCUAAGAGUAGAGUAAAUAAAAUGUAUUUUAUUUGUA